AUGCCAUCGUACUCGGAACCGCCUACGCCAAUCCAUGAAGUCGAUUACUAUUGUACACAAUUAGAGACGAGUUCAUGUGAUGACAUUAACAACUUGAAACCGCUCGGAAAGUCGAGGGUUCUAGCCUCAGCACGUUAUAACUGUUUAAAAACGAAACGAGAAGAAAUCGCCAGGUUUCUGAAGGAUCAUGCCAAUGAGAAUCUUGAAGAUUAUAUAAUGUAUCAUACUUUUCAUGGAUCGCUUCAAAACACAACAUCAAAACAUGAAACAGAUGAUGAAGAAGAAUUGCGAUCUCAUCCAGAGUGGAAUCAGGUUGCGAUGGAUGUGCACAGAACGCUGGCGAGAUUCCCACCUAACAUAUCCGACGAAAAAAGAUCAACCCUUCAGGAUCAACUGAUUCCGUUGAUUGUUCGAGUUUUACGCGCAAAUCCGCGGUUUCGAUAUUACCAAGAUAUUGCCCUUUUUAAAGGUUUUCACGAUGUCUGUCUAACGGUGAUUUUGGUGUGUGGAAAGGAAACUGCCUUUGAAGUCUGCAAGAAUCUUGCUACUCAUGGACCAUUCCGGAGUUACUUGCUAAAAAGCUUGGAAAAGAGCGUACGUCAUUUUAUCCAGAGAGAUCCACAGUUGGAACGGGUAUUGCGUGAAGUACAUUUGGGUACAAUGUUUGCUCUCAAGCGGCCCUUUACAUGGUUAGGUCACCGCAUUAAUCAUUUACCAACAGAUUGUACGGUUUUCGAUGUAUUCCUCGCUUCCCCUCCGCUGACUCCUAUAUAUGUGUGUGCUGCCGUCGUUCUGAAAAGGAAGUCAGCAAUACUAACAUCUGAACGGGAGAUGCCCAUUAUCCACCAACUUCUUAUGAAUAUGCCAAAUGAGAUUCAUUUGGAUGCCAUUUUGUCGGACUCGUUAUAUCUCUCUUCGCUUAUGCCGCCUCUCGCCUUGAAGACAGAGUUUACGAGGCUGUAUAGAGAAAGAGUUAAGGCACGGGCAAUCAAUCAACGAUGGGCACCCGUUUCACGGUACGCUAUCACGAUGGUCGCUGCAGUUGGGAUAGCAGGAGCCGCUUACUAUUUCAACCUAGGCAGUAGGUUUUCACUCUCGAUGUGA